AUGUCGCGAAAGAACUUAUCGACUCCGAACGCCGUCGCCAAUUUUAACGCCACCCCAGUCAUCACAUUACCGCGAUCGAGGAUCCAGGUCAUCCGCAUCACCCUCACCUCCCGCAACGUCAAGAGCCUCGAGAAGGUCUGCCAGGAGCUCAUCGACCGUGCCAAGAACAAGGAGCUCCGCGUCAAGGGCCCCGUCCGCCUGCCCACCAAGCACUUGAAGAUCACCACCCGUAAGACUCCUUGCGGUGAGGGUUCCAAGACUUGGGACACAUACGAGAUGCGCAUCCACAAGCGCCUCAUCGACCUCCACGCCCCCACUGAGGUCGUCAAGCAGAUCAUCAUCAACAUCGAGGCCGGUGUCGAGGUUGAGGUCACCAUCGCCGCAUAA